GGUUCCACGGGUUCCGAGCGGAGACAGGAAGUGGGCUCCGAGUAGGAAGAGGAGCUGCAGAAUUUCCAGGCUCGGUGUAUUUCUCUCCUCCUCUCUCGUCUUCUUCGCGUGACGCAGUCGCGCGGCGUUCCCAGGGUGCGGAAGAUGGCGAGCGUGGAAGCAGCCGCCGAGCACGAGCGGAUCCUGCGCGAGAUCGAGAGCACGGACACGAACUGCAUCGGACCCACAUUGCGGUCUGUGUAUGACGGGCAGGAACAUGGACUCUUCAUGGACAAGCUGGAAGGCCGCAUCCGCAACCAUGACCGCGAGAUCGAGAAGAUGUGCAACCACCACUUCCAGGGCUUUGUGGACUCCAUCACAGAGCUGUUGAAAGUGCGUGGAGAAGCGCAGAAGCUUAAGAGUCAGGUGAUCGACACUAACCGGAGGCUCCAGGAGGACGGCAAGGAGAUCCUGUCCAGCAUGGAUGAACUGCGUCAGUGUCGCCUACAGCAGUGCAACAUCGCUGCCACCAUUGACAAGCUGUCCCACUGUUUGCCUGUGCUGGAGAUGUACAGCAGACUGCAGGAGCAGAUGAAGGCCAGGAGGUACUACCCGGCACUGCGUACGCUGGAACAGCUCGAGCACACCUGUCUGCCCCGCGCCAGCCACUACCGUUUCUGCACCAUCAUGGCCGAGAACAUCCUGGUCCUGCGUACUCAGAUCCGUGACAUCGCUAUGUCUGACCUCAAGGACUUCCUGGAGAGCAUCCGCAAGCACUCGGACAAGAUCGGUGAGACGGCUAUGAAACAGGCGCAGCUGCAACGCACUCUGGACAGCGCCCUGUCCCACCAGCAGAGGACAGGCCUGAGUCGCCGCCCAAGGAAGGAGGCGGGGCAGAGCACAGAAGUGAACGGCCAGGGCGGCAGCCCAGUCUCGGAGCAGGACUCUGGCAUAUUGGAUGUUGAGGAUGAGGAAGAAGAAGAAGAGCUGCCUGGAGCCCAGGAUCUGGUGGACUUCUCACCUGUGUACCGCUGUCUGCAUAUCUACACUGUCCUGGGUGCACGUGACACCUUUGAGAGCUACUACCGCAAGCAGAGAAGGAAACAAGCAAGGCUGGUGCUGCAGCCACACUCCAACAUGCAUGAAACUCUGGAUGGAUACAGGAUGUUCUUCAACCAUAUCGUGGGAUUUUUUGUAGUGGAGGACCAUGUCUUGCACACGACCAGGGGUCUGGUGAACCGGGCUUAUGUGGAGGAGCUGUGGGAGCUGGCACUGUCCAAGACCAUCGCUGCUCUGCGCACGCACUCGUCUUACUGCACUGAUCCUGACUUGGUGCUGGACCUCAAGAACCUCAUUGUGCUCUUUGCUGAUACACUGCAGGGUUACGGGUUCCUGGUGAACCAGCUGUUCGACAUGCUGCUUGAGAUGCGAGAACAAUAUGGAGAGAUCCUGCUCAAGAAGUGGAGUGGCACCUUCAGACAAAUCCUGGACCAGGACAACUACAGCCCCAUCCCUGUUUCAAUGGAGGAGGAGUAUAGAUGCAUUGUGGGGCAGUUCCCCUUCCAGGAUCCUGAGCUGGAAAAACUGCCCUAUCCCAAGAAGCUGCCCUUCUCUGCAUUUGUGCCCAAGGUGUAUGUCCAGGUGAAGGAAUUCAUCUACGCUUGCCUUAAGUUCUCCGAAGACUUGCACCUUAGCUCCACAGAAAUAGACGACAUGAUCCGCAAGUCCACCAACCUACUGCUCACCCGAACUCUGAGCAACUGUCUCCAGUACGCUAUAAAGAAAAAGAACGUGGGUCUGGCUGAGCUGGUGCAGAUCAUCAUCAACACAACCCACUUGGAGCAGUCCUGUCACUUCCUGGAGGGCUUCAUUUCCAACAUCACUAACAUACCCCCAGACACCAUCAACGCUACCAAGCUGUAUGGCAUGGCGACCUUUAAGGAUGCCCGGCACACAGCGGAGGAGGAGAUCUACACGAACCUGAACCAGAAGAUUGACCAGUUCCUCCAGCUGGCAGACUAUGAUUGGAUUGCGCCGCAGGCUGGCAGCCAGGCCAGCGACUACCUGAGUGACCUCAUCGCUUUCCUAUGCAGUACCUUUGCAGUGUUCACCAAUCUUCCAGGGAAGGCCAUUGAACAUGCCACCAUGCCGGGUAAAGUGGCGCAGACCGCGUGCAUGUCGGCCUGCAAGCACCUGUCUACCUCCUUGCUGCAGCUCCUCUUGGAGGCCGACGUCCGGCAGGUGUCCAUGGGAGCCCUGCAGCAGUUCAACCUGGACGUCAAGGAGUGUGAGCGGUUUGCCAGAGCCGGCCCGGUGCCUGGGUUCCAGGGGGACACUCUGCUGCUGGCCUUCAUCGACUUGAGACAACUGCUGGACCUCUUCACCCAAUGGGACUGGUCCACAUACCUGGCUGACUAUGGGCGACCCACCUGCAAGUACCUGAGGGUGAACCCACACACUGCCUUGGCACUGCUGGAGAAGAUCUCUCGAGCAAUGAAGGACACGAGUCGGAAGAAUAACGUCUUUGCGCAGUUUCGCAAGAACGAGCGCGACAAGCAGAAGCUCAUCGACACUGUGGUCAAGCAGCUGAGGAAUCUGAUUUCCACCCAGCAGUCCUGAGAGGCGCAGCACCUGCUGACCAUUCGACUCUUCCAUCGUAUCCACAGCACAGGAUGCUCGCUGCACUGGCACUUCCCUGUGGGGGCUGGGGGGGCACAGGUGGAGCCCAUCUCUGCUUUACACCACAUGGUCCAGUAGUGCGCAGGUCAUAUGUUUGCUUCUCUGCUCUUGUUCUCAGACACCUUUAACAGCAGCUACUCAUAAGUUGUAGGCAUUUCUUGCAGCCAAACGGUGAUGGACCCAAGUUUUGCAUAUGUAGUAGUUUACCAUAUUUUACCAGAUUGCUCUGUAGUGACUGUUACCCCAUUUUAAACAUAAUACUGACUGGACAGGUAAUGUAUAGUUUCUGAAGCUGCUGCACAAGUAGGGUAACCUGGGUAACUGGGGGGGGGGAAACAAUGUCGACCAGCUAUGGAGUUUGGGUACUUGUAAUCUGCGAGGAGGAUCCUGAAGACCCUCUCAGCACCUGAAGGCCGUUUGGACACUUCAGCUUCAUCCACAGUGCUCCAUCCCAGGGACACCCCCCCAAACCACUCUAAACGGUCAAAUUGAGAGCAGCAGCAGCACUGUGCGUUGACUGCGAUGAGACCACUGGCUCUGCACAAAUACAGGGUGUGGAGUCAGUGGUCGAGAGCUCAGCCCUGGGGCUGUGUGACACUCCAGGAGUGAACAGCCCUUCAGCGAACCUUCAUUUUUCAGAAAAGACACGAGCCCAUCUGCUGUGCCCACAGGUUCACUCCCUCCCGCCCGCCCCUCCGCGCUACCCUGGACCAUCAGGCUGCCCGGCUUUGACCGCACUAGGAGUAGCUGCAGUGCUUCCCCAGGACUCAAGCAGCACAUCUGUCAGCUCUCAGUCUGACUGUGAUGCUGGACUCUGCACCGAGUGCCUCCCCUCCUUCCCGCUUCCAAAUCUCAUCCAGGCCCUGGACAGAACCACUCCCAGCACCUGGGUUGGAAGCUCUGCAGUCUUCCAUGUUCUGUUUAGUGUCAGAUUCAUCAGUGGGUGUGUUUGUUUUAUUUCUUUUGAACAUGGGUGUAUUGCUGUACUAUAUCAGUUUUUGAAUCUGUGGGCAGGAUUGCCUUGCUGUUUUGAUCCCCCCCCCCCCAUAUUUUGAGUUGUAUGAGAAGUUGUUUGCAUCUUCAUUCUGGAGGUCUUGCCAUCAUGUCAUGUGUGUCCUGAUAGAAAGGGAUCCUCAUGGGGAGAAAGGGGCAAAAAGGCAGUGAGACAAUGAAAAGGGAAUAUUUUGUUCUUCUGUUUUACUCAUAGACUCCCAGAGGCUGGAGGAUUUGUUGCCACCUUAGAUUUCUUUUUUUUUUUUUAAUAGGGUGUGUGCGUGUGUGAGAGAGUGUGUGUGUCUAAGUGGGAGGUUGUAUGAGUGUACCAGAGUCUGUGUACAAAUGUAAAUGAGGAUUUAGGGUGGUGUUGGGAACGUGUUCAUGUCUUGAUUGUCGUUGCCUUGUGGUGCCUCUGCAUCCAUGGCCUUGUAGCGACACCCGCCUUGCUGGACCAGCGGCGCCAAACUGAAACUGACCCAGCAGGUGCCGUCCUGCUCCAUAAGAACCCGAGCUGACCAGAAAGCUAGAUAGGGAAGCACAUACCGCCAAGGCUGACAGGUGUGUCCUUCCAUGUCUUCCUUGAACUGCUGUUGACAGAGAGAUGUGAACACUUUGUGUUGGGUGAAACCACUAAUGACCUUGGAGAUGGUGUGGUACUAAUAAAGCUUAUGCAAAUAUGAAUAAAUAAAGGA